CGUCAGUCGUCAACUAGUGAUUUGGGAAUUUCAUCUGAAAUUUCUUGUAAUAUAAUGUUGGAAAUUGCUAUUAAUGAUCUUGGACUUGUAGUGAUAUAUUGUUACAGCGGAAAAAUGUUCUGAAAAUUGUUGACCUAAAUGGAUUUAUACAUAUUAUUCUCGAUUGUUGACCAUGGAUGUAUGUGAGAAGAAGAAACGGAAAUUGCAUCCCAGGGAGAGGGCUAAUUUUCUAUCAAGAAUAACUUUUUUUUAUACCAGUGGCAUAUUCUGGAGAACAUACAAAGAGGGAACCCUGGAACAGAACGAUCUGUAUGAUGUUUUGGAAAAUUGCCAAGCUGAAAAUUUAGAUGCGAGCUUGGAAAAACACAUGAAGAAUGACCAUGCUAAGCAUGGAGCGAUCUCCAUCUACAGAAUAUUAUGGUCAUGUUAUGGCAUUGAAUAUCUGUCAAUCGGGAUUGUCCAACUCAUCAUCAGAACUUUAGUUAUCAUCACCAUUCCAAUGACACUGUCGAAAGUGGUCCUAUACUUUCAACCAGGUCAAACCGAACUCACAAAAAAAGAGGCAAUAUUACUAGGGACUCUACUUAUUCUGCUCAAUUUGAUGAACGUCACUUAUAUUCACAACUACCUACUCCGCCUUUCAGAAUUUGGGAUUAGAGUAAGGACGGCUUUUUGUUCUGCCAUGUACAGAAAAUGUUUGAGGUUGACUCCAUCUUGUCUAUCUGAGAUCACUGUAGGUAAAAUUGUAACGCUGAUGACAAAAGAUGUAACUACCUUUGAGUCGAUAAUUUUUUAUGGAAACGAUACAUGGAUUGGAAUAACUCAAGGUAUCCUAGUGUGCUGUUUGAUUUACUAUAGGAUUGGAUCUGCAUCGUUUUUUACGAUUGGAUUCUUCAUUCUUGUGAUACCAGUCCAGGUUUAUAUUGGAAUAAUAGUGAGCAAACUGAAAAAAUAUUCUUGCAAUAAGACUGACGAAAGACUGCAAACAACGAAAGAAACUUUCACUGCCAUCCAGACUAUAAAAAUGUAUGCCUGGGAAGAGUAUUUCGAAAAUCAAAUAUGUGGAGCAAGGAAGAAAGAAAUCACUAGCAUUUUGAAAAUAUUCCUGGUCAAUACUGCUUCUCUGCUACUUGGAACCCUAACCUCAAAAAUAGCAUUCUAUUUACUAUUGAUGACCUGCAUCUGGUUUGGUGAAAACCUGUCUGCAGAACUUAUCUACUACCUGAUGACACUAUUCUUGAGGAUCAGGCAUGCCCUUACCGUUGCCAUACCCAAAGGUGUAGUAGUAACAGGUGAACUAGUAGCAGCUAUCGAUAGAAUUGAAAGUUUACUGAACGCUAACGAAAUCCAGGAGCAACGUGAAAAUAGAAAAAUAUACCAAGAAGAACCUAGGAUACUUCUCACAGACCUGACAAUAGCGACCGAUCGAGAAGUAAUCUUGGAAAAUACCACUCUGUGUAUAGGCUCAGGGCUCACUGUCAUCACUGGACCUGUGGGGUGUGGUAAGACAAGUCUUUUGAAGGUUUUACUGGGGGAACACCCAGUGCGAGAUGGCAAAGUGAACAUUAUUGGCUCAAUAAGUUAUGCUUCACAAGAUCCUUGGAUAUUCCCAUCUAGUUUGAAGCAAAAUAUAGUAUUUGGAGAAACAUUUGACUCUUCUAGGUAUGAAAAAGUUUUAGAGGUUUGUGCACUGAAUUUUGAUAUCGACCAGUUCGAAUUUGGUGACGACAUUAUAGUUUCAGACAAGGGUACCAACUUGAGCAAAGGACAAAAGGCAAGAGUUAACCUUGCCAGAGCUGUCUACAAACGUGCAGAUAUCUAUCUUUUGGAUGACUGUUUAACAUCUGUAGAUGCCGCAGUGCGAAGAUUUAUUUUCGAGAAUUGUAUCAAAGGUUUUUUGAAGGAUAAAACUUGCAUCUUUGUUACACAACGACUAGAAAAUUUGAGCAAAGAUGACAAAAUACUUUUCAUACAAAAUGGAACUAUCGACGUAAAUCACGAAAUUGCAGCGAAAGAUGGCAUCGAUUUCUUCCCCAAUGAUAUAAGCGCGAUUUCAAAAUGUGAAGGAAUCAAUAACAACAUAGUUGAGGAAAUUGAAGAAAACCAGCAAGAGACAACAAAGCUACUACAACAAUAUACAAGAUAUAACAAUAUUUACAGAGAAGAAAAUUCAUCUGGGAGAGUUAUUUGGUCUGUUUAUGGAGAAUACAUCAAAUAUGGCGGUGGUUAUAUAAUCUUCUUCUUCAUAAUACUAUUCUUCAUCAGCAAUCAGUUCUCGAAGAGCUAUACAGAAAAAGUUCUCAGCAAUUGGGUCGAUGAAAUGAAUGAAGAAGUAACACCUCGAAUUCUGACCAAGACGAGCGUUUCUUCAGCAUCUUCCAUUUCUAUGGUCUAUUCUAUACUUACUUUGGCCACCAUCAUAGUUUCUGUAGUAACUUCAUGGGCAUUUUUCAGUUUCACUAAGAAAGCAUCUCUAGGUCUGCACAAUUCAAUGACCAAUAGUGUUAUCAACGCCACCAUGAAAUUUUUCGACGGAAAUCUUAUCGGGAAUAUCCUCAAUAGGUUUUCCAAAGAUUUGAGUGUGAUUGACGAACAGUUUCCUUCAAUAGUGUUCGAGUUUCUAGAGAUCUCGUUUGGGUACGUGGGAAUAGUUGUGCUGAUAGCCACUGUGAAUGUUGUUUUCCUUGCACCAAUGUUGAUCAUAUCACUCAUAUUAUUUUUGCUGAGGACCUUCUAUGUGCCAACUGGUCGAAGUCUUCAAAGACUGGAUUUAUCGACUAGGAGUCCAGUUAUAGGAUACCUGAAUGCAUCUCUGGAAGGUUUACCAACCAUAAGGGCAUUCAGUGCCCAACCAAUUUUAUCCAUGGAAUUCAAUAGGCAUCAGGAUUUAUAUACAUCUGCUACCUACACUUCGAAAUGCUGUCAAAGAGCUUUUGGUUAUGCUCUGGAUAUUUGUUGUACUGUAUUCGUGGCAGUGAUCAUCGCAGUAUUUCUGGCAGUUGAUACAGGGAGUUCUGUGGGUGAUAUUGGGCUUGGUAUCACCCAAGCUUUCACUCUGUCUGGCGUUGUACAGUAUGGCAUAAGGCAAUGGGCAGAGUUGGAAACAAAAAUAACUUCAGUAGAGCGGGUUAUGGAAUAUACGAGAACAGAAAGAGAACAGAAAGAUGGUGAAAUUCCUGGUACCGAUUGGCCUAUAGACUGUUCGAUUGACUACAAGAAUGUCAGAUUGACUUAUGCUUAUGGGAAAUUGUGGACUUUGAAAGAUAUCAACUUGUCGAUUCAUGAUCAAGAGAAAAUAGGGAUUGUUGGACGCACAGGAGCUGGUAAAUCUUCAAUAAUAUCAACUCUCUUCAGAUUAUACAGUUACGAAGGCCAAAUCACAAUUGGAAAGGCAGACAUACAAACGAUACCCUUAACCUUCUAUCGCUCUAAAAUAGCCAUAAUACCUCAAGAGCCCCUACUGUUCACCGGCACAAUCAGAGCCAACAUAGACCCAUUUCACCGACAUGAAGACGAAGACAUUUGGAGAGCCAUAGAAAAAGUAAAGCUGAAACACCUGGUACCAACUCUCACCACAGCUGUAGUUGCUUCUGGGGACAAUUUCAGCGCUGGCCAGAAGCAACUGAUGUGUCUAGCAAGGGCUCUAGUGAGCAGAAGCAAGAUUAUUGUCAUGGACGAAGCAACAAGUGACAUGGACAGAGAAAGUGACGCUGUUAUAAGUGAGGUCAUCAAGGAGAAUUUCCAGGCGUGUACAGUUGUGAUUAUUGCGCACAAACUACAGUCAGUAUUGGGCUGUGAUAGGGUCAUGGUGGUGCAGUCUGGAAAGAUUGUGGAAUUCGAUAGUCCAAAGGUGUUAGCAAGGGAUGAGAAUGGACACUUUCGCAAAUUAUUGGAAAAAGCUGGCAUUGAAAACAUAUUUGAAGAAAAGACAUGAGAAUGUUUUCUUAGAAUCACUGCAAGAAAAUAUUCAUUUUUGUUCUUAUCUUUGUUGAUCCACUAGGGACCCAGUCUUCGAUAUAUUAUAUUUCUUCGCCUGACUGAUGAGACCCAGAAGGUCGAGAACUCACACAUUGCACCCUAAAAUAUCGUUGGGUUGAGGUGAAACCCGAAUCUCAGUUUACUGCUUCGGAUUCAUUAGACAAAAGCAAAAGGACUUUUGGAACUUUGCAAGUUGCCAACGAUAUUUUAGGGUGCAAUGGGUGAGCUUUCGACCUUCCGGGUCUCAUCAGUUUGGCGAAGAAUCCUAAGAGCUAAUUUGAUUAGUAAUAUUAUAUCUCUUUUUUGAAAAUUCAACAGUAUUAUUUGUAAGAACUGAAAUAAAACGUAUCAACUGAG